GUGUACUACCUGGUGGCGGCAGCCGACACUGCGCACACAAUUCUCCGUUUAUGCGACUACACAUUCAGUGAUUCUAGUGUGCUCAAGAUCGAUCCACGCACUCCAGAUAGCCACUACUUUUUACCUACGAUCGAGGAUAUAUAUCUUUUGGGACCCUCGGUCAAUUCAAUACCUUCCGGGCUGCUCAGUAUCUACCUGGCUUCAGAUCGUAAAAAAGUGCUCUGCUCAACUAUUUUUCCGAUUGAUUUCUUCAUAAACGGCUUACUCAUUAGACGAUUUAUCAAUCGGCUUACUCAUUAGACGAUACGAGACACCUCUACCAUACACGCCAAGAGGUUACUUCUCAGAGGUUCAUACGACCGUAAGAAGGGGUACUUAGAGGAAGGAUAAUACGUCCAGACAAGGGAAGGGGUACUUUAAGCAAAGGUGAUUUUAAAAUCUACGAUACCACCAUCACAACAGAGUCAUUCACCCGUCGGUCAUCGUCGCAUCAACACCUUUGUUUUAUUAUUCAGUUUUUUUUUUUUCAUUUUUUGCGGUCAUCAUUUAUACCCACUAAAUUAAUUACUUUGGCUUCGACUACGAUUAAAUCAGUGCUUGUGAUAGUGUGUUGAUUUAUUUAGUAAAUAAAUCCUAUGAGAAAAAAUUAUAAAAAAAUUUAAACACCGAACUGAGACGAUGAAGACGAUUUUGAAAUAAAUGCACGGACAUUAUUAUUACUAUUACUAGUUUUUGUUUUUUUUUUUUUUAUGAAUUUUAAAAUCAAAGUGAGUGAAGUGCAAAAAGUGGUUUCCAUUCCGGAGUGUCGGUUUUGAAUUGUCAAUUAAAAAAAGCCUGAGGAUAUCGUGUGACGUGUAAAAUUAAUAAUCAAAGAUGAACCAGCAAUGCAAAGUUUGCGGGGAACCGGCAGCGGGAUUUCAUUUUGGAGCAUUUACUUGCGAAGGCUGCAAGUCAUUUUUCGGGCGAUCCUACAACAACCUCAACAGCAUCUCCGAGUGCAAAAACGGGGGCGAGUGUGUCAUCAACAAGAAAAACCGUACUGCUUGCAAAGCCUGUCGUCUGAGGAAAUGUCUGCUGGUCGGAAUGUCCAAGUCGGGUUCGAGGUACGGUCGCCGUUCCAAUUGGUUCAAGAUCCACUGUUUGCUGCAAGAGCAGCAAGCCCAGCAGCAACAGCAGAGCCUUCAUCACCAACAGCAGCAGAGUCUGCCCAGCAGACCAACACCCCAAAACACGACCCCUCCGAGACUGCAACAGCGCAGCAAGGAAGAUUCCCUGAUGCUGGGCCUAGACGAGUACAAAAACUCAACCUCACCAUCCAUCAGCUCUCCAGAGUCUCAGAACAGCGACAGCUCGAUCGAGGUGUCAGAGAGACGCGCAGCUUACAGCCUCCACCCUGGAUUCAGGCCUCUGCACCCCCAUCUGGGCACUCCAGACCUAGCAACGCUCGGGAAAGACAUGAUGGGACUUCCGCUGGGCUUUCCCUUCGGAAGCAUGCCCAUGAUGCCUCCGGCGUUUUUACCUCCCUCUAUGUCCAUGAUUUCUCCCUAUCUCUACGCCUCCUACCCUCACAAUCCUAGUCUAAUCUCUCACUCGUUGAACUCCUCGAUUUCUGAAAGCAACACGUCGCUAAUCACCGACGAGUGCAAGAACAUCAACAAUAACAACCGGUACACAGCUAACCACAACGUAGUCGAGGAAUUACCAACCAAAAAGAGGGUCUACUUGGACGCUGUCCUCAAAAGCCAACUACCUUCACCCCCGUUGAAAAAAAUGAGACUAGACUCUCCGAGAUUCGAUGAAAGCCCUGAGCCAGAUUGCGAACGCUUCGAAACUAAUUCCCCUGAUGAUUGUUUGCCCCCUCAAGACACGCCGAUUGACUUGUCGAUGAAAGCAGCCAGCGUGAUCGCGACCAGCGAGGACUCGGAUGAUGAACGCCAGACCCAGGAUGAAGUGGACUUUGAAAGCGACCGAGAGAGCCCGGUUAUCAUGAGACGACCUGCGCCGAUCGAUCUCACCACAAGGUCGUAAUCGAUUGCAAAUAAUGAAUAAGUUACGAAUGCCAUCGCGUCUUUCAUUUUGUUAAAUGCUAGUCGGAUUUAUGACGUUAAUUUAUGGGUAAUAUCAACGGUUUAAAAUGUUUGUUCGCUGUUUUACAAAACUGUCGGACUAAUUUUUUAUUUUUAUCUAAUCCGUUGGGAUUUUAAUACCUUGCGUUGUUUUUUUUUAUUGAAAACUGACACGAGUUAAAGAUUUAUCAGUCAAAUAGAAUAAAUCCGAAUAAAAAAUUGUUGCGCGUUUGGCAUAACGUUAAAAUUGGCAAAAAAUUGUCAAAACUGUUUAUUUUAAAAGAAUUUAUUGUUUUCUUUACGAUGUAAAUAAUUUUAUUAAUUAUUUUAACGGUCAGUAAUUAUU